GCAUUGGGAAGACAAACCCUUGUAGAGAGACUGUCAGGCAUAACUACACGCCAGAAAUUCGCUGUCAGAAAUUGAUCGAAGGCAAUUCACGUUAUCGAACUGGAGCAUUAGGAUGCCUUCUUGGCUACCAUCGAUACCGUAUCCACCGGCGCAGGCAGAAGGCUACUGGAGCCCUAUCACUUCAACAUUAGACUGGUGCGAAGAGAACUACUACUCAACGCCAUACGCCGCCGAAAUCGUCAACACCUUGACGAACUUGAUCUUCCCGUACCUCGCCAUUAAGGGUUGUUUCAACUGCUAUUCUCAAGGCCAUGACCGAGUCUUCUUCGUUGCCUUUGUGGGGUACCUGAUCGUCGGAUUGGGAAGCUUUGCCUUCCAUGCAACCCUGAAGUAUCCCAUGCAACUGGUUGAUGAGCUCGGCAUGAUCUACACCACGUGUCUGAUGUUCUGGGCCACUUUCGAGUACCGCCGACCGCCGCCCAUACCUCUAUUGCUUGGCGUCUUCUCCGUCUCGCUGUCUCUCUUCAUCACAGGGUAUUAUCACUACCUCCAGGACCCAACGUUCCAUCAGAACGCUUACGCAAUCCUGACUGCUAUUGUCCUUUUCCGAAGCAUGUACGUUAUGGAGGUCAAUCUUCGCCCCUACUUUCGGCGGCGCCACCAAAUGCAUGUGAAAGUGCUGCAGAGUAACCUGAUGGACGAACGUGAGAGAGCGGAGGAGAGAAGGAAAGAUGAGCGAGAUCGCAGUAUACUUGUCCGAAUGUGGUUCAUGAUUCUUGUGGGCCUGUCCAUCUUUCUCGGAGGCUUCGCGAUCUGGACCCUUGACAACAAGUAUUGCUUGACGCUCAGGUCAUGGAGACGUGCGCUUGGCCUACCGUGGGGAGUAUUGUUGGAAGGCCACGGAUGGUGGCACCUUAUGACUGGCACAGGCGCUUACUUCUAUAUCGUUUGGGGAAUCUGGUUAAGACAUUGUUUAAACGGUAAGCAGGACGAGUACGAGCUGAUAUGGCCGAGCCUCUUCACGACGAUACCACGAGUGAUGCGGCGUGAGCGAAGCAUGAGUGGCGCCGACGGCAAUGCCAGGAAGACUAGAUGAUCUUGAUUAUAGUGUUGUAGAGUUGUUCUAAGGGUGAAUUCGAAUACGCGCUCCGGUCAAUGGCCGGGGUGAGCACUGGCUCACUCACUUCGCUGUAACGAGAGCGUGAGGACAUCGGAAGAUACCAA